CCUGCGACGGCGAACUGUUCCGUCUCUUUGCGCGAAACGCCCUUGCGAGGGCUAAAUCCGACGGAAGAAGAGUGGCAAUCCGAACUGCGCUGGCAAUACGCAACAUAUGAACGACCAGCAGAGGGCAGCAGUGACACAGAGGGCCUGAACAUGGACACGAUCUCCAUGGUGGGCAGCAGCGCGCUCAGCCCCCCGGAGAGCUUCCUGCCCAGCCUGGAGAAGAACGGGCUGAAGGAAGCUUCCGGAAAGCCCAGCGUGGCGGUGAUCGGCUCGGGCGACUUCUCGCGCUGCCUGACGCUGCGGCUGCUGCGCUGCGGGUUCCGCGUGGCGGUGGGCAGCCGGCGGCCCAAUCGCGUCGCCCCGCUCUUCCCGCACGUGGUGGACGUGACCAAUCAGGAGGAGGCGGCGGUGUACGUGUGCGGUAACUCGGUGGAGGCUCGGCAGCAGGUGGCAGAGCUGGCCCGGAGGCUGCACUUCGUGCCGGUGGACAUGGGGACGCUGUCGUCGGCGCGGGAGAUCGAGAACAUGCCCCUGCACCUCUUCAGCCCCUGGAGGGGCCCCGUGCUGGCGACCGUGAGCCUCUCCAUCCUCUUCUUCAUCUACUCCUUCGUCCGCGACAUCGUCCACCCCUACGUCCGCAGCCAGCAGAGCAACUUCUACAAGAUCCCCGUGGAGAUCGUCAACAAGACCCUGCCCGUGGUGGCCAUCACCCUGCUGGCGCUGGUGUACCUGGCCGGCCUGCUGGCCGCUGGGCACCAGCUCUACUACAGGACCAAGUACCGGCGCUUCCCCCACUGGCUGGAGGACUGGCUGCAGUGCCGCAAGCAGUUCGGCCUCCUCAGCUUCUUCUUCGCUGGUGUGCACGUGCUCUACAGCCUCUGCCUGCCGCUCCGGAGGUCCGAGAGGUACCUGGUGCUCAACACGGCCUUCCAGCAGGUGCGUGCGGAUGUGGAGAGCUCGUGGAAUGAGGAGGAGGUGUGGCGGGUGGAGAUGUACCUGUCGUUCGGCAUCAUGAGCCUGGGUCUGCUCUCCCUGCUCGCCCUCACCUCCAUCCCCUCUGUCAACAGCGCCCUCAACUGGAGGGAGUUCAGCUUCAUACAGUCCACCCUGGGCUACAUCGCCCUGCUCAUAGCCACCUUCCACGCGCUGCUGUUCGGCUGGAGGCGGGCCUUCCAGCCGGAGUCCUACCGCUUCUACCUGCCGCCCAGCUUCGUGGUGGCGCUGGUGCUGCCGGUGACGGUGAUCGUGGGAAAGGCGGUCCUCCUGCUGCCCUGCGUGGGCCGGAGGCUCCGGCGGAUCCGCCGCGGCUCGGAGGACGGCUGCCGGCGUCGCCGUGACGACCCGCGGGGCUCGGCCGCCGCCGCCCACGUCUCCCCCGAGAGGGUCACCAUCAUGUGACCUACGCUGACCAAUCGCGGGACUCGAUACGGUGACCCUCCCCAUGGCCGCCGGGUGGGAGGGGGGGUCACAAUCAUGUGAUCUCCGCAGACCAAUCACGGAACUCGAUAUGACAACCCCCCCCUCCCCCCAUAAGCCACCAAGGGGGGUAACCACCAUGUGAUCUCCACUGACCAAUCAGGGGACUUGAUAUGACAAUCCAUCCAACCACCCACAACACUGCCACUGGGGGGUGCUCACCAUCCUGUGACCUCCACUGACCAAUCACAGGAGACAAUAUGACAACCCCCCCCCCCCCCCAUAACUACCCACUCACUGUCAUGUGACCUCAACUUGUGUCACUGUCCCAGCAAUCCCCAUCCCAGCCUAUAUAUUGUUGUGUAUUGUAGGGGUUGGUGGUCAUAGAGGAAAUGAUAUAGUUUGCUCUGUACAGUGGACCUUUUCAUUAAUGAUGUGUGAAGCAGUGUGUGUGUGUAUAUAUAUGUGUGCUAUUGUAUGUCUGUAUCGUACUAGAUUCUAGUGCCAGUGUUAGCCUGCUUGGUGUUCACUGACUUUAAUUUCCCGAGAGGCUGCGGUUAGCCCUUAGCCACUGUGCCACGCUACAGUUAGCCGUUAGCAGCUAUGCUGUGCUACUGAGUCGCUGUGGCUAGCCGUUAGCCACAGCGCUGUGUUAAUGAGGCACUGCGGUUAAGUGUUAGCUUCACUGUGCUAGCAUGUUACUGAGGUACUGCUGUUAGCCACUGUGCUGUGCUACUGCAGAGCUGCAGUUAGCCAUUAUCCACUGUGCUGUGUUAUGAGGCACUGUUGUUAGCCAUUAGCCACUGUGCUGUGUUAUGAGGUACUGUGGUUAGCCGUUAGCCACCAUGCUGUGUUAUGAGGCACUGUGGUUAGCCGUUAGCCACUGUGCUGUGUUAUGAGGCACUGUGGUUAGCCGUUAGCCACCGGGCUGUGUUAUGAGGCACUGUGGUUAGCCGUUAGCCACUGUGCUGUGUUAUGAGGCACUGUGGUUAGCCAUUAGCCACUGUGCUGUGUUAUCAGGCACUGUUGUUAGCCAUUAGCCACCGUGCUGUGCUAUGAGGCACUGUUGUUAGCCAUUAGACACUGUGCUGUGUUACUGAGAUGCUGUGGUUAGCCGUUAGCCACUGUCCUGUGUUAGGAGGCACUGUGGUUAGCCAUUACCAGUGUCUUGUGUUACUGAUGGUUUCCCUCCUGUAUUUUUGGGUUUGUUCACAGAGGGGAAAAGCAGAGAGGCUAACAGACAGGGAAGGUGUAAUAGUCUGUGCGGGUACGAUGUGCAAGUUCUGUUAGUGGUUUGGGCAGAACAUUCUGCAGGUUCUGCCAGCAGUCUUCAUUUUACAGUACUACUUACGAAGGAAUUACAAAAACAAAUGUA